GAAGAAGAGGAUGCCUGGUGUGUUGUUAUAACCCUGAUGGUCUCAGGUUACCUGUGAUUUGAUUCUGCCGGGGCAUGAUGAGUAAUGAUAAACAUGCACGUUCUGUCUCAGUGCUCCACAGAGGCUUCAGCUCUCUCCCGUACAAACUUAAGAGAGGUUGUUUAGAAGAUAUCUUUGGUUCAACUUACAUCUCACUACUUUUUUAGGGAUCACCAUCCUGUUUACACAGCAAUGAUCUUCACAGCAGAGCAGGUGGCUUGUGUGUGCGAGGUCCUUCUGCAGAGCGGUUACAUGGAUCGACUUGCUGGCUUCCUCCGCACUCUUCCUCCUCCUCCUGCCAUCUCCUCCUCCACCUCUCGUUGCCCCGGGGAGCUAGAGAGUGUGCUGAAGGCUAAAGCCGCAGUGGCCUUUCACCAGGGUCGCUUCAUAGACCUCUACUCCCUGCUGGAGGGAUUCCCCUUCUCCCCAAGAAGCCACCCGCUCCUGCAGCAGCUCUGGCUCCGAGCCCACUACAUAGAGGCCGAGGGGCAGAGGGGCCGACCCCUGGGAGCUGUGGGGAAGUAUCGCAUAAGGAGAAAGUUCCCUCUACCACACACCAUCUGGGAUGGAGAGGAGACCAGCUACUGUUUCAAGGAAAAAUCGCGGAGCAUACUCCGGGAGUGUUACCACCUUAAACCUUAUCCGUCUACCCGGGAGAAGCGGGAGCUCGCGGCAGCCACCGGCCUGACAACAACACAGGUCAGCAACUGGUUCAAGAACCGCAGGCAGAGGGACCGAAGCACGGACGCUACCGGUUUCCACACCGCUUACUCUGGAGGAACCUCACAAAACACAUACCCUUCUUCUGACAAUGACGUUUCACCGCCAGGCAGCCCACAUCCCCAGUACCACUGCCCUCCACCGCUCUCUCAUCCACCACCUCCUCUCUGUCACAUGUCUGGAUGCUUCAUUUGAGUCUUCAAAUGUUUAAUUUGUUUCUUCUGCUACAUGGUUGCUUUUUUAAUUAUAUGAACUAUUUACUUACUCUUUGUAUUGUACUCUGUAUUUUCUGUUGUCAAUAAAACAAAUACUUUACGAAAAA